CACCAGUCAUUCAUAAACGUAGAAGAAAGAAAAUAUCUUUGAAUGGGCAGAGAAAAUUAAUAGUGUAAAAUAAUGAUUUCUCGUUAAAAUUCAGCUCUAAAAUUUUCUUUAUAAAAUAACUUCAAUAUGGUAACUAUAAUAAAGAAUCAGCUGCUGAAACAUCUAUCGAGGUACACAAAGAAUUUAUCACCAGAGCAGAUCUCUCUCUCAGCUCUAAGAGGAUCUGGUGAGCUGCAUGAUCUGACACUAGAUGAGGAUUUGUUAACUGAUUUGCUGGAACUUCCUGGCUGGGUGCGGUUGACCUCAGCAAGAUGCAACCGAGCUUCAUUCAGGAUACAGUGGACCAAACUAAAAACAGUUCCUAUAGUAUUGAAACUCGACGAGGUGCACAUAGCUCUCGAAGUAUGUACAGAGCCUCGCGUCAUGAACCCGGGCUCGGCUGGUACCAUGCCCAUACCGGGAAAAUACAGUUAUAUACACAAGGUAAUAGAUGGCAUAUCCGUGGCUGUGAAUCAAGUGCAAAUAGAGUUCAAAUGUGACGCCUUCACGAGUAGUGUUCUGAUAUCUAGGGUGACCGUGGAAUCCCGAACACCAGAGGGCAGGAAGGGCGAUUUAAGACUGACUAGAAUCAAAUCACCCAACGCCGCCCAAUUACUUAUAUUUAAGGAAUUAGAAUGGCAAAGCGCCCGAAUAGAGGCGAAGGCCCACGGCGAUGCGGCAGCUAACCUUCCUCCUCUGAGGCUGCUACUCGGGAAUACGCACUGUCGAAUAGUUAUUAAGAAACGGCUGUCUGACUGCGCCGUGCUGGGCUCCCGCCUGGUGCUGCGUCCGGAGCCGCUGGCGUGGGCGCUGACGGACGGCCAGCUGCGCGCCGCGCUCGCCUGCGCCGCCGCGCUCGCCGGGCCCGUGCGCCGCGCCACCGAGCAGGCCACGCGCACCAAGGCCGAGCGCAAGAUCCAGGAGCCCCUCGAUCAGAGCAAUAGCCGUUCGACGUUUAGUGAUAAAGACAUAUUGGCUCGUAUGUUCGCGAAACAUGACGUCAGAGAAACCUCCUACCAUCUGCUUGCGCCGCGGAUAGACCUGCACUUAUGUGAUGAUCCUGGACUGGGUAGAUCAGAAAUGCCCCAGCUAGCGAAGGGCGGCGCGCUACAAGUGACUCUCGUCAGUAUGCAAGCGGACCUGUUCCCCUACCACAAAGCUUCCAGCGACAGACGGCACUGGCGUGGAUAUAGGGAAGCGGCAACCCCUCACAGUCACUGGCUGUCACAAGCAUUGUCUUCCUUCACCCUUAAAGUGCUGGAUAUCAUGGACCCCAAACGCAGGACACCCUAUGCCACGACGAGUUGGAGCGCGCGCGGGGACGAGUCCGUGGGGGACGGCGCGCCGAGCGCGACCGCGCCGCCCGCGCCCCCCGCGCCCGCGCCCCCCGCCCCCGCGCCGGAGGACUAUGCCGUGUUGCAUGCGAGAAUAUUGCAGCAGCUCGGCAAGCUGAUGACAACGUGUCUCAUACUCAGGAUAGACGAUUUCACCGUUUAUAAGGUAACGACAGGAUCCACGACACGGGAAGCGGCGCGGCCUUUAGUGAGCGCGGAAAAAGCGACCUUACCGGGCGACGCUGGCCUACUGCACGCUGAGCUCACAUUCUUCUAUUACCCUGGGGAUGUGUGCUUUCCCGUGCCGUCCCCGAAGCUGUACGUGCAGCUGAGCCCGGUGCGCGUGGCGGUGGACGUGCCCAGCGCGCUGUGGCUGGCCGCCUUCCUGCCGCACGUGGCCGCCGCCGUGUCCGACCACGCCCCGCCGGACGACUCCGCCGCCUACAUCGACGUGCGCGCCGAGGCCAUCAUGCCCAGGAUUAUUCUAGAAUCUGGCCCAGAACACGUAUCGCAGCAACGGGAUCGACCCAAGGAGCUUCACAUAUGUUCAGCAAGAGCGACAUUUACUAAUGUUCGAGAAUCGCCCGGAACCAUGACGCCAGGCACGAGAGCAGAUUUAGCGUCUAUAAUAUCAGCAAUACGAAGGGCUACGCCUCCUCGAGGACAGUUCCCUUGCUCGCCCGACGAUAUCGACCCUUUGCACGAACAGUUCCUGUUGCAUGCUGACAACCUGGACGACGAGCAGCGCGGCGCGGGCCUGUCUGCGCAGUGCUUGUGGCGCGAGAGCCGGCGCGUGUGGUGCGCGAGCGCGGAGCCGCUGUGGGUGGACUUCUGCGGCGCGCGCGCCACCGGCAUCAAGCCGGCGCCGCUGCUGGACGCCACGCCGCUCACCGCCUGGAUUUGCUUCGAAGAUGGCUUCUCGAAAAUCUGGGUGAUAGGUCGGACGUCUGGAUUGAGUGGGCUCCAGCUCAACCACUAUCAACUACUGUUCCUCCUGAGACAGAUGGAACGCAUAAGUGAGCUGACGGCGUGGCUGGCUCACCAAGCUAGCAGAAUGCCGGAAGCUGACCAGGGGUCGUUAGUAGUCGGUCUCGUAGUGCCAGCAGCCGAGAUGACAUUGGUUUUACCGAGUAGUUGUCCGGGACAAGAGUCCUCCAGGGAUCUAGAUAGUGUACCGUUUGAUUCGUCCAGCCUUAAUGAUUUGAAAUUGGGUUCGGAAGCAACAAUGGCUCCCUCUAUGCUAGACCGAGACAGUGGCAUGUUAGCCACGCAGAGCAUCGAAGUGUGCACCGCUCAGCCUCUGCCCGCCGAGGAGUUACAGCCUCCGAGUCCUGGAUUGAAUUUUAGUGGUUUCUCGUCGAUGCGGCGAGGGUUCAGCUCGCUGGUGACGUCACUGGACAGCGCGCUGGCGCGCGACGACGCGCGCAGCGACGCCGCUUCCACCGCCAGCUCCGACAGCGACCGCUACGUCGUCGUGGGGCUCGCGGCUGAGUCGCCCGAUGACGCAGACGUCGCCUUCAGGGAGUUCGAACAUGGGCGGUUAUCGAGUGGAGUAGAGGUGGCGUCGGAGGUGGUGGAGCGCUCGUCGUCCCCCAGCGACCACUCUAUCACCAGUUCCUGCAAGCGACGCGAUGUGAUAUCAACGUGCACAUUGCGUUUGAACAACAUAUACCUCGUGCAGCAAAGCGCGAACGCUAACUCCAGCAUGCGGAUUGUGGCAGAUGACCUCAAGACUGACGAAUGCUCUUCCAUACCCUGGGACGAGUUCCAGAAUAAGUUUUCCAUGCGUGCCCGAGCAUGGUCGGGACCGGAGUCGGAUGAUGAUGAAAUGCGACCUCGCCAAACGCCUCGUGUCGCGGCGAGACUGCUGAGGACUGAACUGCCGAGAGUAGUUAAUGAAAUGGGCGAGCCCAUAGGACCGGCUCCGUACGAGGAAAUACUGGAAGCACGAAUCAGGGAGUUGAGUAUCGUUCUCAACAUGAGCACAGCCCUGGCGCUCUCCGAGUUUAUAGAGGACGAGGUGGUGGUACCACCCAUGCCACUGGAGGUGUUAAUAGAAAACGUUCAUUUACAACUGGUAGAAGACAGACCAACUCGUUCCAUAGCAUCACCGCCGCCUCAGCCGUUAGAACUGGUUCUAACCAGUCUACGAUUAAACCGGGACACUUCGGGCAUCGUCUACCUAGGACCCACUGUCCCUUCGAGAACCGUCUCACCGAGCAGUCCACCCCCUGAAUUGCAGAUGGCGAUAGACGAGAUACAAAGGUUAAACGAAGAAAAUGAAGAUUUGAGAAAAAGGUUGGCUACUUUGAAUAGGAUAGCUGAGGAUAAUCGGGACUUGAGGGCCAAAGCGGAGGAGGCGAGCGCGCUGCGGCAGUGCGUGCACACCGCGCAGCAGGAGGCGUUGCGUCUGCUGGCCGACAAGCAGGAGCUGCUGGAAACCGUGCGCCUGCUGCAGGAGCAGCUGCCGGGUCCUUGUCGCGGAAAAAGAUAGCGCUCCCGCGGCGGCGCUAAGGCCUGCCUCGACUGCGCCGCCUGCACCGCCUGCUGCGGACAGCGACUGUAGACGUGCAGACAUGCACGCAGUCACGACUCUUCUCAACCAUCGUGAGAGAUUGCCGAGGAUUCAAUGUUGCCAACUUUAAACAUGCCAACAUUAUCAAAAAUCACCAUCCUCAUUUUUAUUCGCUUGACUUGAUUCCAUUAAAAUUGGUUUGAUGCCGUGUUAUAUAACACUAGAUAUUACUUGACGGACUUUUGUGGCCGCCGGGUUGUCUGACGCCAACCAUUCGUAAUAGUUGACUUGUACUAUAGGGGUGGUUCAAGUACUCAAACGUUCGAGGAUAUCUCGAUUGUUCUUACGACACGCACGUGACGCUAUUCUAAUUCCAGAAACAACACGGCAACAACUCAAAAACAUUUUAGGAUUAACUUAGUUCUUAAUUUACUAACUCUGUAAACUUGUCUUGAUGACGAUCAAUACCCAUACAUAAUGAUGACGUCACAGGAUAUUAUAUUCCAUGCUUAAAUAUAAGAGAACAAAAUGUGACAUUCAUAUAUAAUAACUCAGUGUAUCUUUAAUUAUACUAGUAAACACAAGAGCUUCCAGGAGAAAUACAUUUGUUACUGCGAACGGGUCUAUUAAAUUGGUCGUAUAAUAGCGUUGCAGAAAUUAAUAACAUGUCGAGAACACACUUUUCACGGUUCAACAUUGUAUUGUGAUAAAAAAUUAUUCCAAAAGGAACUAACGUCUUUCUACAAAUAAUUUCAAAGUGGUUCUGUGCGUAGAAGUCAACUAAUAAUGGUUUUUGUGGGCGCUUUUGUCGAUUGUUCUUUAUGUCCACUUAUUCAUGACCUUGUUUAUUUAUCGGCUGCUAUCGAUAUUCAUGGCAAUUUUUUGACAUGAUUUACUAUUUAUGAAAUCUUUAACCUAGAAACAAGUGAUAAUUCAAUUCGAUUUAAAUUAAUAUUCGGCUGAAACAUUUUAUUAUCUUUUUUUCUUAAGUAAAUAAUAAAAUAUUUGUUGAAUAAUAUAUUUGAAUCAAGUUUUUAUAACUUAAUCUCAGAGUUUUUUUAAUCUUGUUUUAAAUAUUUGAAAUCUUACGUAAUUAAUACAAUAGUACGUUACUCAAUGCAUAAUUUCUAUUCAAUAAUUGAAAAUUGGUCAAAUUGUCUAAUUUAAAUAAAAAGUAAGUUACAAUCAAAACGAAACAGAGAUCGUCUAUAUUAAAAGUUUUUAUAACAUAUAACGUUCACAAUUCUUAUACUUAAUACAAUUGAAUUAAUUAUAUUAUUUUUUAAAUACUUUUUUUUUUAAAAUGUCACCUUACAUAAUAAUCUUAUAGUAUAAAAAAAUGUCCACCAAAUGAAAAUGUGGUACUUAAAAUAGCAUUUAUUAUAUAAAUUAAUUUGUUAAACACAAAUCCAACAAGGGAUGCAGAUUAUAAACAAUUUAAUUUGAUCUGUAUCUUGUAUAAUGCCCGUCAAUAAAUAUUGCACAUCGAGCUUUGAAAAGAGACAAUCGACUAACUUCGGCUUCGUAGAGCGUUAUCUCUGUCGCACGAAACACUAAUAAUCCGGUAUGUUAAAACACUUGAGUUUCUGUGUAAUUGAAUAAAAUACACCGAUUGCUUAUAUAAUUGCAUUAUAUAAUAUAUAUAAUUGCAUUAUAUAAGCAAUCGUAUAUAUAAUCGUAUAUUGUAUAGGUUGUGGAAAAAUAAACCAAAAAGAUCAUGUUUAUAUCAACGGCUUAGAGCACAGAUAACGAAUGGAAGGAAUUCGGAAUUUAGGUUAUUGAAAGUUUUUAUUAGAAGGUGUUUGCUACGUGAGUAAUAUUAAAAGAAAACAAGUACAGUAUGACGAUAUAAAAAAUUUAUAUCUGAUCAUAUAUAGCAUUGGUUACAAUUCCUUCCAUUUCACUAUCUGUGCUUGCCAUGAGGUCAAUAUUUAAUUGUCACAAUCGGCCGUAUUUAUCACAAGUAUAUUCAGUGUAACUGUCUAAAUGGUGUUGAAUUCUUUGACAAGUACCUUGUUCACGGAAAACUCUGUAAACCUCUCCUUGUGCUGGCAUAUAAUAUCGUAAAUCUGGGGCUUCGUCAAUUUUUGUUCAACUCUUUUUCCUAAAUAUGCCAUCGUACAACUUUAAAUUAUUUAAAGUUGGGAUAUUUAACAACUAUUUUUAUAUAUUUGGAAUUGGACGCGACCGCACACUUAACCAACGACUGACAAACGUCUCAAAAGCAGUGUGCGACAGAAAUAACGCUACGAAGCCGAAAUGAGACAGAAAAAAUAAAAAGAGAUAGACAGACGGCUAAAGUCUCUUUCCAAAGGUCGAUGUGCAAUAUUUAUUGAAGGGUAUUGCACUAUUAAGGUACAUUCAGCCUCAGAAACUGCAUUUGUUAAUAUAAAUUAGACACAUCUUCCAAAAACUUGGAAGGAACUUGCGAAUGCUUUUGAAUCGUCACUUUACAAGAUUUAAUUAAAUACUUCCACCGAUUCUGAAUGUCGAUUUUACCGAGAAGAACCGGCAGGAAACUCAGUAGUUGCUUUUUUUCGACAAUCAAGUUACACAGAUAAUUAAAUAAAAUUGAAUUAUUAUUUAUCCUGCAUGAAAAUCAACGAAGUCCACGCUUUUUUAUCUUUUUUAUUGAGUAAUACGCCUUAUUAUGCAGUUUUCUUCACAUGCGAUUUAAAUUUAUUAGCUGGUAAAGCUAAUAGUGUUUCAGGAAUUCUAUUAUAAAAGAGAACACCUUGCCCAAAUGUGCUUGCGUUUCAUUGUGAACGGAUGCGUUUUAUAUAAAGUUAUGUCACUGUAUUUAUAUAUGUUGGUUAAUAACAUGUUACAUAUGAUUGUCUAGUGGUAGAUAUUAAAAACCUUUAACUGCUGUGUAAUGCAACAUUUAAAGUUAAAACAGAAUAGGUUAAUAAGAAUAGAAGUCUUUUUGUAACUGACUGUACAAAGCACCUAUGGAAUAAUAAUGGUAAUUGCUUUUGGGGUUUACAUUUUAAUAUGGUUGUUUGAAUUUGUUCCUAAAUUAAAAUGCUUCAUUUUAUCUUCAAUAAACAUACAGUUGUAAUAUUUUUAUAGUUGAUUUAAAUUGAAUAUUUCGUAUGCAGUACUGUGCUAAUGUGUUGCCAUAACUUUAAUUCGAAAAAACUUCCAAAACAAAGAAAAAGUGGAAGGGGCUGCCAGUCAGUUUCAAAUUAAUAUAUUUUUAUACCUACCAAUAAAAAUAAAAUACUGUUGUGAUAAAUAUUUUUAUAUUUAGUUUUCCAAAUCAAAACUUAAAUCGAUUGUCGUCAUUGUAAAGAAAAUUAAUAAUAAGGAACUUGUUCACGAAUCAGUAUAGUAAGAUCUUGAAGGUAAAUACAAAUUAUAAUUAAGUAUCGAGUUUGUGAAUAUUAAAAUAUUUAAAGUAAAGCAAAUUACUUGAAGUCACAUUGAUUCCAACUUGCGUCGCAAAAUUUGUGUUAUCCAGUGUUGGUAACAAAUAUUUGAUUUAAUUACACAAGAUACUAACAAGCUAUCAGUGACUUUAUGUAUAAACAAAAGUUGUAAACGCAAAGGUUAUCAACUAUUAUAAUGAAACUACGUACACCAUAACACAGAUACAAAAAAUAGGUGAUGUUUGAGACACAAUGAACGUAUAAAAUUUGAGAUCAUUUAUAUAUUACUAAUAUAUACUUAUAAUAAUGCAUUGGGUUGCUUCGUCUUGUAUAAUAUUAGUUCAAUAUAAUAAGUUUUGUGUUCUUUUUUGUUUUACUAACAAAUUCAAUAUGCGAACAAGUAUAGGAAGUUGAUUUUAAUCUACUUGUAAUUGUUGUAUAGAUUUAAAAAUGCGCCUGACAAUUAACUAUAUUAGUACCAUCGCUUUGAUAUGAUGACAAAACCAGUAGGUUAGUAGAUAACUCUAGUUUGAAUUUGGUGUGUAUAAUCUUAUACAUUGUUAUAAAUGUGUUAUCUGUUAAACUAUAAUAUACAAAAAAAUCAAAUUUUUUUACAAGUAAACAAUACAGUCUUAUAUGUGUGUAUAUAUUGUAUAUCAAUUAGUAUAUUGUAUCUUGUUUAGCGCUUAAUAUUAUUAAUUCUAUAUUCGAAUUUCAUUUUAUAAUAAUCAAUUUAUUUAGAUCAAUUUUUUUAUUUUUUUUACAUAAUAUGUUAUAUCAAAACUUUUACAAAAACUAUGAAUUCAUUUUUUCGUGAAAUUGUUAAGGAAAUUUUUAGAUGUUUUUUAUGUCAUUUUGAUAUUGCAUGUGUCACUUGUUAGGAAUACAAUUUACAUGUAUUUGAAAGUUUUGUCACACUCAGAACGCCGAUAGCAGCUAGACAAAUUCGUUGGGUGAAUGUCACAUACAGUUUCAUAUAGAAAUCGAUUGAGAAUCACUGCCCAUUUAAUAUACCAAUUUUAAAAAGUACAUGCAUAAGAAUAUAUUUGUUGUUUAUAAUGCUAAGUGUGACAAAGUCUUAUAUAUUCCAUUAAAUAUUUGUUAUAGGUUUUAAUAUAGUAAUUAUAAAAAAUCGUGCCUGUGUAUCAUCCAAUUCGCUUCAUCAUAAUAAUAUGUAUGUAUGUGUCUAAAUUAAAUUUAAUCGUAUAUAAUCCAUAUAUAAUUGUGAUUUAUAUAUUAAAGAUUAAUGAAAAUUUAAGAAUUUUUUAUCAUAUUUCGUCCUUCUCUGUAUUUGAAAAGUUGUAUCUUAUCUGUAACUAUAGUUAUUGUAUCCAGUUGUAUAUUAAGAUAUCUAUAAUAAUAAAUUUAUUUGGCAUCGCUAGUUUGUAUAUAAAAUAAAUAAUCAAAUAGAUUUUGUAUGUAGCCUUAUUAAGUUCAGUUCUUAUAUAAAAUCAAGGCUAAAAAAUUUGUGCUUUGCUAUUUGAAAAUCGAUUGUCUGUGCCCAUGUACUGGUUAUUAAUUUUUAUGCUAUAGCUAUGUAUUCUCCAAGAAGUUUAAUCAUUUAUGAAGUAAGUCAUGAACUCAUUCCUUACAACAAAAUAAUUUAACAGGUAAUACCGUCGCUUUUCUCGUACCCGAUCUUUAACUAAAAUUAUUUCACAAGACUAAAAACAUUGUUAUCUCUUUCUCACCUGGAGUUAAAAAGGGAAGCUAGGCUUUUUAAUCUUGUGUAAUUAUUUUAGCAUCAAUAUAUUUUUGUAUUUUGAACUCAACCUGUGGAUAUAAAUUUCUUAUCAACGUUACAGUGAAAUAUUAUAUGAAAUUUAGAAGUACUGUUAAACAUUCAGAUCAAAAUCUCACUACAUAAAUGCCUAUUAUAAAAGUGUUUACAAUACAAUUUGUAAGAAAAUGGUUGUUACAAUAUGUUUAGUUAUAAAAGGAAUUGUUAAAAUUAAAUUUAAUAAUCGAUG